AUGGACAGCCCGGAUGUGCACCGCCAUCUGCGCGGCGACGGCUACGGGGGAGAGACGUGGGUCGACUUCCUGCGCGAAGGAGGCACAUCCAGCUCCAACAUGGACCCUCAGGCUGCGUCGCCAUCGUCGCCGUCGUCGUCGGUCCCGCCGUUCGCUCUUCCCUCGCGGCCGCCCCCGCGCACCGACACGCCGUCCUCAGCCAGCAGCACCUCGGCGGACCGCAAGCGACGUCUCACCACGGCCGAGUCGCCCGUCCGAAGAGGCUCCGGUAUGCGCCCACACAGCGCCUCGCGCGCGGGCUCCAGCGCCGACCCCAUCGUGCUCGACUCGUCACCCGCCCCGCCGCUGCGCGAACGACGUCUGCCGCCCCCGCCCGAACGACGUCUGCCGCCCCCGCCCGAACGACGCCUGCCGCCCCCGCCCUCGCAGACACCCCGCUCCCUGCGCCGCGAGAGCGACCUGGUAAUCCCGCCGUGGCAGCCUGACGCCGACGUGGCCGCCUGUCCGGUGUGCAGCAGGCACUUCACCUUCUUGUUUAGAAAGCACCACUGCCGGAAGUGCGGCCGCGUCGUGUGCUCGCAGUGCUCGCCGCACCGCAUCACCAUCCCGCGCCAGUUCAUCGUCCACCCGCCCACCGACGGCCUCAACAGCAUCAUCGACCUCACCGCCGCCGACGACGACGCGAGCCUCCUGUCCAGCUUCGGCCCCUUGCGCAACCCAGCGUUGGGCGGCGGCGAGGAAGUCCGCGUCUGCAACCCGUGUGUCCCGGACCCCAACUACAGCCUGCCGCCGCAGUACCCGUUGCAGACCGGCCGUGCAGCUCCCACUCCCCCCACCAGGCCAGACUACAACCCUGCCGCCGUGCCGCCCUACCAACGCUCGCACCGCUCCGCCUCCAGCGUGCAUGUGGUCCCGCACGCCACUGAUCGACGCCAGUCGCAGUCGCAGUCGCAGUCGCAGUCGCAGUCGCAGUCCUCGCGUGCUUCGAACAGCAAUCGGCGUGUUAGCUACCACGAUGCUGCACUCAACGAGGACCGUUGGCCGGCACCUCUGCCAAACCUGGGCCACGUGUACUCUGGCCAGCACAGCCAGAGCUCAACAUUACGUCCACUCGCAGCUCCUUCUUAUAUCCCGCAACCGCUCCAGCAUCGUUCUGCCUCGGGUUCGAGUUCCGCAAGAGCAGGCGACAUGUUCCCACGCCAGUUCUUCAUACCCUCACAACUCCCGCCCGCCCAGCUGCUGAACCCUCGUCCUCGACGUCAGAUCGCGGAAGAGGACGAAUGUCCUAUCUGCGGAGGCGAGCUGCCAGAGAAGGGUCCGAAUGGAGAUGACUCGGCACGAUCCCAGCACAUCGAGGAAUGUAUUGCGCUCCACUCCUCAUCGCCGGCGCCGAACGCUGCUGCACGACCGCAGGCGCAGACAUCCGCCAGCCUGCCCAUGACUCGCACCCGUGGCAUGAGCAGUGCAGCGGCUGGCGAAGGGUCGUCUCACCGCCACAGUCACGCGGCUCGCGGCAUGUUCCCUUACAUCGCUUCAGAGAAGGACUGCGUGGACGAAGAUGGUAACGACGCCGAAUGCGUCAUCUGCUUCGAGGAGUUCCAAGCCGGCGACGAGAUGGCCAGGCUGGUGUGCUGGUGCAAGUUCCACGAGAAAUGCAUCAAGCAGUGGUGGAGGAUGAAAGGCCGCGGCGCAUGCCCAACCCACCAAUUGCACGAGGAGUAG